CUAAUCCUAAUCCAUUCCCCUGCUUUUGUCCUCUCCCCACCAAAAAAAACAGAGCAGCCGAUUAACCGACGCACUCCACCGCCCUCCUCUCCUCUCCUCUCCUCGCCGGAGCGAAACCAACGGAAGAAAAAUCCCCAAUUCCCCGACACCCAACGGCAAUGUCCCUCCGCAAGCGCCAGCGCUCGGCGAGCAGCUCCCGCCUCUCCUCCCUCUCCUCGCCGGCGUCGCCUCCCCGCCCCGUCUCCUCCUCCUCCUCCUCCCCGCCGCUCUCGUUCCCCAACGCCGACCUCCUCCUCCGCCUCCACCUCGACCCCUCCGCCGACGACGCCGACGCCGACGCCGACGUCAAGCCGCCGGCCCCCGCCGCCUCCCUCGACCUCCACGUCUCCUCGGCGUCCCUCCUCCGCUCCCGCUACUUCGCGGCGCUCCUCUCCGAUCGCUGGUGCCCCGACCCGUCCUCCUCCCCCGCCGGCCGCCUCUCCCUCGCCGUCCCCGCCCCGCCCUCCUGCCCCCGCCCGUUCCACGCCCACGUCGAGGUCGUCCGCCUCCUCCACACGCUCGACUUCGCCGGCACCAUCCGCUCCCCCGCCGAUGCCCUCGACAUCCUCCCCGUCGCGCUGCAGCUCCUCUUCGACGCCUGCGUCGAGGCCUGCAUCCGCUUCCUCGAGGCCGUGCCCUGGUCCGACGACGAGGAGGCCCGCGUGCUCGACCUCGCGCCGCUCCUCCCCGCCGACGAGGCCGCCGAGCUCCUCGCCAGGGUCUCCCUCCCUCCCGCCGCUGCGCCGGGCGAUGCGGCCACCAGGUCGCCCUCGGAGGCCAUGCUGCACGGCCUCAUCCAUUCGGCGAUCCACGGCCACCCCGUCCCUGCCGCCACCAAGGCGUUCGUCGCGAUGCUCCUCAAGGACUACCCCUCCCGCGACUGCGUACACAAGGUGCUCGACGAGGCGUUCCUGUCCCGGCUCGACACCGUCAAGGAGCUCCUGGGCAAGUACGCCAGCCCGGACUUCAGGAUCGCCGUCGACAGCGACGAGCGAGAGGCGAUACAGAAGUUGAACCUACACUCGGCGGUCCUAAAUGUGAAGCAUCUGCUCUGGCUCAUUGAGAGGAUGGUGGAUAUGAGGGUGGCCGAUAAUGCGGUGAAGCUUUGGAGUGAGCAGGUUGCGCUUGCUGCUGACUUGCAGAAGUUGCUCAAUGAUGCCGACAUGUGGAGAAACAUGGCUCCUGGGCUCCCGAUGCUUGUGACCCGAUGCACGCUCAGGCUCGCCCAUUCUGUUAUGAUUGGGGAGACACUGGUUCCUCGCCAGGUGAGGAUGAAGCUUGUCAAAAGCUGGCUUCCUGUCCUGAACGUCUGCAGGGACAUCGCCCAACCCAUGCACAGCGGAUACAAAUCGUCAAACUGCCAAGAGCUGGAGGAGACAUUCCUCCAGAUCAUCUCCACCUUGUCUGUCCCAGAUGCUCAGGAGCUGCUGCAACAAUGCCUUGGGUUCUCGACCCGCAACGUCGACGACUGCCCGCAUUUGGUCACAGCCUUCAAGACAUGGUUCAGACGCGCUUCCAGGUCUCCGCAAGGCCCACAAGGCGGGGAGGAUUGAGAGAUGGAGCUGACGGCAACGUUUUUCAAACAGCGCGUGUGCCGUGGGCCGCAUUGUACAAUCGAACCUGUAAUUAUUUUUAUCUGUAGGCCUCCUCUUCCUCGAAUAAUCUGGAGUUCGUUUAGCCCAGUGCCGUGUCUUGGUUCUGUAUAUACUGUAUAUCCUUGAGCAUGCACUAAUCUAUCCAUCAGUCUGAGAUACUCUACUUACUGAA